AUGGGCUCUGGGGUGGUCGAAUGUACGCAGCCUUACCCCUGUUUUUAUAACAGAGCAAUGAAGAUGCAAAGAGGCUUAUCGAGCUGGAUGCGUAGUCCUUUUUCAAGACCCAGUAGAGGCAAUGAUCAGAUGGCUGCGUGUGGUCGGCUAGGCAAUCCAGGCACCAUUCAAGCUCCGAUGCUCCGUGUACCUAAGCAAUUCCAAAUGGCAGUUGGAAGGCACUGGAUGGAAUGCAUGACCCAAAAGCUUGGGCUUCUCGAAGAUAUCUUAUGUUAUAUUGUUGAUAUGAUUGGACCGGAGGAUAUAUCACAUUACGAGAUGUGGAAAGCAGCAAACUUUCUGGAAAUGUUUUCAACAUUCUUUUCAAUCUCAACAAGUUCAUCGCGUUUGAAUCUCGUGAUCCGUAUCUUAUAUGUCAGUAAGGCGAGGACCAAAUAUGACAGAGUGGGACCGUUUUGCACACAGGGAAAAGAAAAUGAGAAUAGCUACAAGGUUAGAAAAUAG